UCUAGCUUAAACCCUAAGCACAAAUCGUACACAGCGGAAACCUCGCUGAAAAAUCUAGAGAGAUGGCAAACCCAAAGGUGUUCUUUGACCUUACCAUCGGCGGCACACCAGCUGGCCGUGUGGUGAUGGAGCUCUAUGCCGACACCGUUCCCAAGACGGCGGAGAACUUCCGUGCUCUCUGCACCGGCGAGAAAGGCGUCGGAAGGAUGGGCAAGCCUUUGCACUACAAAGGCUCAACCUUCCACCGUGUGAUCCCAGGGUUCAUGUGUCAAGGAGGUGAUUUCACCGCCGGAAACGGUACCGGAGGUGAGUCAAUCUACGGCGCCAAAUUCGCCGACGAGAACUUCAAAAGAAAGCACACCGGUCCUGGAAUCCUCUCCAUGGCUAAUGCUGGACCUGGAACCAACGGUUCUCAAUUCUUCAUCUGCACCGCUAAGACUGAGUGGCUCGAUGGCAAGCAUGUUGUGUUCGGUCAAGUUGUUGAAGGCUAUGAUGUGAUUAAGAAGGCUGAGGCUGUUGGAUCUGGAUCUGGCAGGUGCUCCAAGCCUGUUGUGAUUGCUGACUGUGGUCAACUCUGCUAGAUCUGAGGACGUUGAUGAUGAUCUAGUUUAUCUAUAUUUAAGUCGCCGUUUUUGGCUUUGUUUUUAAUUUUAAUCUAUCAGUUACUGCUUGCUUACUGUGGGUCUAGUUCUAGGGUUGUGCUGUAAUUGGUAUUGGUUCUGCUUCUACCAGUUUAUGUUUAAUCUUAAAACUAUGGUUUAAAUAAGAUAAUACUCUCUGCUAAUUUUGA